UUCUCUUGCAUUUUACCAUAGGCAAUGAGAAGAAGCCAAGUGGCAUGCUUAAUGUUCUACCUUGAGAUCUCUUAGCUAGCACAGAGGUCAGCUGGUGGACAAGCUGCCCAUUUUCUUUCUUUCUUUCUUUUUUGAGACAGAGUCUCACUCUGUUGCCUAGGCUGGAGAAAAGGGGCACAAUCUCGGCUCACUGCAACCUCCGCCUCCUGGGUUCAAGCGAUUCUCCCGCCUCAGACUCCCAAGUAGCUGGGAUUACAGGCAUGUGCUACCACACCUGGCUAAUUUUUGUAUUUUUAGUAGAAACAGGGAUUCACCAUGUUGGCCAGGUUGGUCUCAAACUCCUAACCUCAAAUAAUCUGCCCACCUCCACCUCCCAAAGUGCUGGGAUUACAGGUGUGAGCCACAGCUCCCGGUUGCUCAUUUUCAUAUACAAAGUUUUACUGGAAUGCACCCAUGCCUGUAUACUAGUCUUGCAUAUGUCUGCAUUUGAGUUACUGUGGAGGAGUUGAGUAGCUGCAGCAGAGACCAUGCAGCCCACAAGCAUGGAAUAGUUACUCUCUAGCCUUUUAUAGAAUGAAUUUUCCAACCCCUGACCAAGAUGUUUGAGUCGAUUAGGUGCAUUUCUAAUUUUCUACAUGUUAGCACAGGUGACAGUGUUACCAAAUUUCUGCCAUAACAAUGACUCCUUUCCCCGCUCUUCCCAUAACAGUUUCCUCACAGCUAGAGUAGAUAGUAAGAAGGCAAACGUCACUCUUCAUUCAGUUCAGAGCUGGAUCUAUGACGCCAGUCUCAGCCUGAUUGCACACACCACAUAGCCAUCCUCCAGCUGGAAGUUCUGUCUGCAAGCUGGCCACUCCAGGGAACCCACACACUUUCUCUGUGUGCCCUCAACCCCAAAUCUAGAGCCUCCCUAGCAAUUUAGCUGUGUACUAACUCUAGUCAGUGACAGAGAAUAGAAUUCACUUGAGCUGACAUAAGGAAUAAAAGAUAUAUUAUGAGGAUUAAAGAACUUUCCGAAUCACUGGGAGAACUGAGGAAAUGGGUGCGCUUCCAGGAGUAUCAAUCAAAGCUGCCAUUACAGCUCUGCUAUUAUAGCUUCAAAGAAGUCUCAGAAAUGUAAUGUUUAGCUUUUUCAACUGUAUUCAUCUGUUUAGGCAACCAUAGCAAAAUACCAGACUGAGUGGCUUAAACGAUGGAAAUUCAUUUUCUCAGAAUUCUGGGGCUUUUUGGAUGUUUUUUUUUUUUUUGACAGGGUCUCACUGUGUCAUCCAGGCUGGAGUGCAGUGGUGCAAUCAUGGUUCACUGGAGCCUUGAACUCCUAGGUUCAAGCAAACCUCAGCCUCCUGAGUAGCUGGACUGUAGGUGCAUGCCACCAUGCAAAGCGUUUUUAAAAUUUUAUUUGUUUGUAGAGAUGGAGUCUCACUAACUAUUGCCUAAACUGGUCUCAAACUCCUGGGCUCAAGUGGUCCUCCUGCCUCAGCCUCCUGAAGUAUGGGGGCUACAGGUGUAAGUCACCAUGUGUAGCCUCAUUUUCUCACACUUCUGGAAGGUAGAAGUCUAUGAGCAAGGUAUGGUCAGUGUUAGUUUCCAUGAUGCCUCUCUUCCGGGUGUGCAGAUGGCCACCUUCUUGCUGUGUUCUCACCUGGCCUCUCACCUGGCCUUUCCUCUGUGUGUACACAGACAGGGAUGUCUCUGUUGCCUCUUGUCUUCUUGCAAGGACACCAGUCCUAUCAGAUUAGAGCCCCACUCUAUGACUUCACUUAACCUCAAACACUCCCUUGAGGGCCUGUCUCCAAGUACAGCUACACUGGGGGUUACAGGUUCAACAUAAGAAUUUUGGGUGAAGGCCAGACACGGUGUCUCAAUCCUAUAGUCCCAGCACUUUAGGAAGCUGAGGCAGGCAGAUCAUUUGAGGUCAGGAGUUAGAGACCAGCCUGACCAACAUAAUGAAACCCUGUCUCUACUAAAAAUACAAAAAUUAGCAGGUUGUGGUGGUGCAUACCUGUAAUCUCAGCUACUCGGAGACUGAGGCAUGAGAAUUGUUUGAAUCCAGAAGACAGAGGCUGCAGUGAGCCAAGAUGGCACCAUUCUGUUCUACCCUGGGGGGAUAAAGAGUGAGACUCCCAUCUCAAAAAAACAAAAAGAAUUUUCGGUGGACACAAUUCAGUUCAUAACAUCAACUCUUCUCUGCAGGAAAGCAUAAUGAAAGAAAGUUAGAAUGGAUAUUGAGCAAACCAAUUCACAAUAUCCACCACAGCUUUAAAAAAUAAAGGUUAAAUUAUUCAUUGCAAUAUAAUUGCAAAAGUUCAGAAGCAACAUAAGAAACAGAUUAAAUAAAUACUGGUAUAUUUACACAAUGGAAUACUAUGCAACUGUUAAAGAAAAGCAUACAGGGAGCUCUAUGAUGAAUGUCUGUACUAUUAUAUUGCUGGGUGCAGUGGCUCAUGACUAUAAUCCCAGCACUUUGGGAGUCUGGAGUAGGUGAAUCACUUAAGCCUGGGAGUUGGAGAUCAGCCCGGGCCAUAGUAUGAUCCUGUCUCCACAAAAAAUAAAAUUAGCUGUGUGUGGUAGCACACACCUGUGGUCCCGGAUGCUUGAGAGGCUGAGGUGGUAGGAUUGCUUGAACCCUGGAGGCUGAGAUUGUAGUGAGUUGAGAUCACACCACUGCACUCCAGCUUGGAGUGAGAUCCUGCCUCAAAAAUUAAAAAAAAAAAAAAAAAAAAAAGGGAAGAAAAGAAAACUCUCUGUGAUAUGUUGUUAAGUGAACAAACUAAAAUUUAGAACAAAGUGAAUAGUUUACUAUCAUAUGUGUAGCAAAAUAAAUGAAUGAAUACCUGUCAUCUAUUUAUUACCUAUGUAUGUGUAUAUGUAUGUAUGUUUGGGAAGUAGAAAAGUUCCUCUUUAAAGUUUCCUUUCUUGUUAAAGAAUAAAUCAUAAGUCUGCUAAUAACUCUUUGUGAAGCCCUAUCCUAUGUAGUUGUUAGACAGGCCAUGCUUACAGGCACGUAGUACAUUCUAUAUCCUUGUACCUUAACCAAGAUAUCUGUGCUGGAUGUCCCAGCUUUCCAUUGCCUUUACCUGUUUAGAAAAGUUUUAAGUUGUUAGCCAAUCGGGUUUUAGUUUAGAUUGUGAGGUCUGACUCCAGCCAAAGGAGCUCAGACACAGCAGUAAGGAUGAUCCCCAGUGCAUAAGGGAUAAAUAUGUCUGCUUUCCUUUGUUCGUUGUACUCUCAUGGCAAGAUGGCUAGUGAGAGUACCCUUUCUGCAGUCCAGGAAGUGAAAGUUGCCUUGCUGAAAGAUCCUUGGUCUCAGUGCUAAUUUUUCCUUUGUGGCACCGAGCAUCUGUUUCCAACAGUAUCUAUAUAUGUAAGUAGUUAGGUAGGUAUUUGCUCACAUUUGGCAUAUCUGUGAAUAAUACACAAGAAACACACAACAUUGGUUGCCCCAGUGGAGAGAGGAACUGGAUGGCUUGGAGCCAGGGUGAGAGAGGACAUUUCAUUUUUUGUAUGUAUUUUGGAGGUUUUUGUUCAUUUGUUUGUUUGUUGAGAGCAGAUUCUGAGACCAAGUUUAGUGUCCAGGGUGUUGAUUAGGAAAUGGCCUUGGUAUCUAAACCUGUGGAAGGGUGGGAAAAGAAUUAGGAUUGAGCAGAGGGGGAAGACCUGCAAUUUGGACAGAUUCCUUCAUCAAGGCCAUCAAGAACUCAAAGAGUUGUCUGGGCACCAUGGCUUAAACCUAUAAUCCCAACACUUUGGGAGGCCAAGGCAGGAGGAUGCUUGAGCCCAAGAGUUCACAUCGAGGCUGGGCAACAAACUGAGACCCCUCUCUACAAAAAAAUUUAAAAAUUAUAGGGCAUGGUAGCAUGUGCCUGUAGUCCCAGUUACUCAAGAGGCUGAGAUGGGAGGAUUGCUAGAACCUGGGCAGUUGCAGCUGCAGUGAGCCAUGACUGUGCCACUGCACUCCAGCCUAGGUGACAGAGCAAGAUUGUCUUAAAAAACAAACAAACAAAUAACACUCAGGAGCUGAAAUGUGCAUUUAAGAGUUAUCCUGCUUUGGGCAACUUGGACAGGCUUUUAUACUUCUGCCUUGAUCAGUCACCAGACGUGGGCUGCCUUGGAAAGGGCAUGUGCUCCAGAAAGCACUCUCAAAGGUGGGCAACAUGUACUUCCUUGGAGUCUGCGUGAUGCCUCGCUGUGUCUGUCACUUAUGGCCUAUAUGAUCUGGCCUCUUGAAAUGUCUCUGACGUUAUCUCCACGUACUGUUCAUUUCACUUGCUCUGCUCCUUACUGUUUCUUGAGUUUCCAUCUCAGAGUCUUUUUUCUUACUGUUCCUGUCUUAAUUGUUCCUCCCUUAAAUAACAAAGAGGCCCAUGCCUUCCUUCCUUCAUACUUCUGCUGAAAUAUCGCCUUACUGAGAGGACUUCCCUGACCUCCUUACCUGAAAUAGUGCACACUUUCUUCAGCAUCCUAGCGUGUCUGUUUCUUUAACUUGCUUUACUUCUUUUUCUAAUACUCAUCACUGCUUAACAUACAUUUCUUUGUUCACUUUUUGUUGAUGUUCAUUUGUGGUCUCACCCACAUUGUUCGGUGCACUGGUGUAUCCUCGGUGCCUAAGAUAACACAGUAAUAGGCACACAGUAGGCUUUCAACAAAUAUUUGUUAAAUGAAUGAAUGAAGGAAUCAGGCACUGUGCUAAGUUGUAAGACAGAAUUAUAAGCAAAACGGAGGCAGGCCCUGUUCUCAUGGAGUUUGCUGUCUGAAUAGAAAGGCAAAAUAAUACAUCAAUCACACAAACAUAAAGCUUCAGUCAUGACAUGGGCUACAAUGGGGAAAAAAAAUAUGGUAGGAGAAGACCAUAUAGAAGAGCCUGGAAAGCUUCUGUGAGAAAGUGAUGUGUAAGCUGAAAUCUGAAGGAUGAAUAAGCUUCAACUAGGUAAAGGAACAUGAAAGAAUCUGGUUCAUUUUUGGAAAAGAUCCCUCUGGAUUCAACAAGGAAGAGUGAAUGAGAGGGAACAAGGAUGAGUAUCUAUAGGACUGUUAGUUAGGAGGGCAUGGAAAUUCUUCAAGUGAGGGGUGAUGGUUGCCUGAAUUAGUGGUAGCCCUGGUGGUUAGGAGAAACAACUACAUGUGAGAAUUAUUUAUUACACAAUAGAUGAGGCUUGUUUAUAAAUUGUAUAUGGAAGGUAAGGAAAGGGAAGUUAAAAGAAGGACUUCUGGGUUUCCAUCUAGCUGGAUGGUUGGUUGAAAGAAUAUUGGAAGAGAAACAAAUUUGUUUUGUUUUGUGUUUACAUGUGUAUAUGGGGAAGAACAGUGAGAGAAAAGACAGAUUAUGAUUUUGAUUUUUGACAUUUUGGUUUUGAGUUGUUAUUGAGACUUGCUGUAUGAGAUGCCAAGCAGACCAUGGUUAUAAGUGAGGAGCUCAGACAUGUAGCUUGGGCUGGAGAAGAAAAUUUUUGAGUUGUCUGUCUAGGUGGUAUUUGAAAAUGGGGGUAUGAAUGAGAUUGCCUAGGCAGAGAACAUUCAGUAAUAAGAGGAGAGGGAUAGAAUGACCUUGAGGGACUGACUUGGAAAAGAGAUUAACAGAACUGACUAGAGAUGUUGGAGGAAAAGGAGGAGAAUGUGGUAUCACCUCAAAAGUGUUCUAGAAAACGAGUCCUUAGCCACGUCAAACCUCCUGAAAAGGGACCUGACAACUAAAAAAUACCAGUUGCAUUAACAACAUGGAGGUCACUGGUGAUGCUAGUGAUUUUUUCUUGUUGUUACAGGAGAAAUGUUAAGGUUAGUGGAAAAUUGAUGAAAUGGAAACAUUGUGAGUAUAAAGAGAAAGGAAAAGCGGAGGGACUAUUUGGGGGUGGAAGUGGAGGGAUUGAGAGUUUAGUUGGUAGUGUAAAGUUUCCAAGAAGAUGGGUAGGAAAGUGAGUACCAGUAAAGGGCUUAUUAAAAUGCCAAAGAGGGAUUCUCUUGUAACCGGAGGGAAGAAAGAAAAUGGCAGGGUGCCGACCUGAGUAGAUUUCUGUUUGGUAGAAGUGAGAUGAAGGGAUUGCCUUCUCUUUUCUCUGUAAUGAAAGAGGAGGGAUUAACUACUUUUCCGGGUGUUAAGUAAACGGAUUGUUUUAUAUGUGAAUGGAUGCCUUAGCUCUCUAACUUUCACAGAUAAGUAAAUAUAUAUCCACUCUUACAGCGGUGGGAACAGAAACAGUAGGUGUUUAACAAAUACUAGAUUGAUUUUGAUUCUAAUCGUGAUGAUAAUCAAUCUGAUGAUGCUCUGAUGGCAAGGAAAAAUAUAAGCUCCAAUCAGGCCCCUGUCGUAAGCUGCCUGAGAAGUGAGAGGAAUGAGGUUCACAGUUGGCUGGUCACAGCACAAGGAAAGGAAAUCCACCCUCACGCUCCUUCUGGGUCCAGGACCCUAAGGGUUAAGAUCAACGAGAGUUGGCCAUCACUGUUUCCUAGAGCGGCCCCAGCAUAGCCGCUAGGGGAUAUGGGGUAACUUCCUGUUUCUGUCUGACGGGUUUGAGGGUUUAGGAACCUGGGUUGGUGGGGUCAGAGACAGGGUGGGGGCUCCUUCCUCCUGGACUUUUGGGGGUGCUGGCGCCUUGGGUGUAGCCCCCAGAACAGGUUUUUGAUCCAUAACUUGGCUGUGAUCAUUGUGAUGGAGCAAGAAAAAGAACUGUUGGUCUCAGACUAUAACAGCUUCACAAAGAGGGAGAAUUUGGAAAGCCCCUUCACAGGAGAUGAAAGUAUGAAUAAUUUGGAAACUGUUCACCACAAUAAUCCUAAGGCAGAUAAUCUUAAAGAGAAACCUUCAGAAUGGUCUAAAAGACACAGACCACAACAUUAUAAGCAUGACGAUGCAAAAGAAAUGCCAUUGACAUGGGUUCAAGAUGAGAUUUGGUGUCAUGAUUCCUAUGAGAGUGAUGGUAAGUCAGAGAAUUGGGGAAACUCUAUACCUAAAGAGGAGGAAAAACCCAAUCACCAGGAAUGGGACCUAGGAGAACAUACCAAUGCCUCUGUCCAGCAGAAUUCAUCCUUUGUAGACAGACCCUACAAAUGUUCCGAAUGUUGGAAAAGCUUCAAUAAUAGUUCUCACUUGCGUACUCACCAGAGGACCCACUCAGGAGAAAAGCCUUAUAAAUGCUCUGAGUGUGCGAAAUGCUUUUGUAACAGUUCUCACCUGAUUCAGCAUCUGAGAAUGCACACGGGAGAGAAGCCCUACAAGUGUGGUGAAUGUGGGAAGAGCUUCAGCAAUACCUCCCAUCUUAUUAUCCAUGAGAGAACUCACACGGGAGAGAAACCCUAUAAAUGUCCCGAGUGUGGGAAGAGAUUCAGCAGCAGCUCUCACCUUAUUCAGCAUCACAGAUCACAUACAGGCGAAAAACCGUAUGAAUGUUCUGUCUGUGGAAAAGGCUUCAGUCACAGUUAUGUCCUAAUAGAACAUCAGAGGACUCACACUGGAGAAAAACCUUAUAAGUGCCCUGAUUGUGGGAAGAGUUUUAGUCAGAGUUCCAGCCUCAUUCGCCACCAGCGGACACACACAGGUGAGAAGCCCUACAAAUGUCUUGAGUGUGGAAAAAGCUUUGGUUGUAAUUCUACUCUAAUAAAACAUCAGAGAAUACACACAGGAGAGAAGCCUUAUCAAUGUUCAGAAUGUGGGAAGAAUUUUAGUCGUAGUUCAAACCUUAUUACACACCAGAAAACGCACAAAGGAGAGAAAUCCUAUGAAAGUUCUGAAUAUGAAGAAAGUUUGAAUCAGAACUGCAGUGUGAUAGAAGACUGCAGAAUCCAGCUAGGAGAGAAACCAUAUAGAUGUUGUGAAUGUGGAAAGAGUUUUGGCCUUAGCUCCCAUCUCAUUAGACACCAGAGGACACAUACAGGAGAAAAACCUUACAGAUGUUCUGAGUGCUGGAAAACUUUCAGUCAGAGUUCCACCCUGGUGAUUCACCAAAGGACACAUACAGGAGAGAAACCUUAUAAAUGUCCUGAUUGUGGUGAAUGCUUCAGUCAGAGCUUUAACCUUAUCAGGCACCGGAGGACCCAUGUAGGGGAAAAACCUUACAAAUGUACCAGCUGUGAGAAAUGCUUCAGCAGAAGUGCCUACCUCAAUCAGCAUCGGAAAAUUCACAUAGAAAAGCCUUUUGAAUCUCCUGAUGUUGGGAAUUUUCCUCAUGAAUGGACUUGGAAAAACUGUUUGGGGGAAGUGCCCCCCAUCCCUUCAUUUUCAGUAUCAAAUACAUCUUCCUGAGUCCCAAAACCUGGUGACUGUUUUUUCUUUCUUGUUGGACCAUGACAAUUUAGGUAUUCUCUGAUUAUUGUGAUCUAUAAAGUUUCUUUGGUGUGUUUGUCAAAACAUUUGGAAAAAGUCAACCUCCCAGUUUAAAGGACGGGAAGAGCCCAAUCACCAGGUUAUUGGAUCUGUCCAGUGAGAGAUUCAUCCACCAAGGAUGAAGAAAGGAGGACUUUUUUGAUUUAAGGUAAGAUAGUAAUAGCUUCAAAAGAACACCUACAGAGUAAUCCUGAGAGUAAGCAAAGGAAUCUGUGAGAACCUGAAGCUAGAAUUCCCAUUGAUUUAUGUUUUCUUCCUUUAUUGGGUAGAUAUACAUCAUUACUGGCCUAGAGAAAAGGUCUUUUUGAGUAAAUAAUGUGAUUUCCUGGCUAUUUUGUUGGGGCUCAAGAAAGAAAAUAUUCUAUUUUUUUUCAUUUUUAGUCACUAAAAAUGAACUAUUAUAGCAUCUAGAAAUAUACUGUCCAAUACCAUAGCCUCUAGCCAUAUGUAGCUAUUUGUAUUAAGAUUAAUUGAAAUUUUAAAUCCAGUUCCUCACACUAGCCACUUUCUAAGUGCUCAGUAGCUCUGUGUGACCAGUGGCUUGUAUAAUAUUGAUUAUACAACGUUCUUUCAUUCAAGAUCAUCAUUCUUGACAGACCCAUAAAUAUUUUCUAUAAGACUGUAGAAAUGUGCUCUGAAGGAUUUGCUCUCCAGAAGGAAUUAUACUGUAGAGUAGAAUUGGGAUAGAGUUUUGAAGACACUGGGUUUAGAGAUUGGAUAUUUUAAUGAUUGUGUGUUCUAAUUUAUGUGCAGCCAACUGAGUUAUCUAGUGAUAUGAUCUCACUGUCUUGACCAAAGCCAGGAUAGGAAGAAGGAUUCCUGAAUUCUGUCUUAAAAUUUUUAAUGAAGAGUCUUUUCCCCAAGUUAUCCCAUUAUGUAAUUCUAGGUCAGCUCAGGAACUGGGUUCUUUUUCUAAUAAUUAGCUCACUAAUUCUGAGCUAGUGUCCAAGGACAGUUUGCCAUUAAGGAGUACUGAGACUUCUUCACUUCAGUACUGACAGUUUUCUUUUGCCUCUUGACAUAAUUGGUAUAUGGAUCUGAUAACAGGCCUCAUCUUCCCUACUCAUUCAUAUGGAAAUAUUGCUUUGGAAAGUAUUAGAUAUAUCCGAUUUCCUUCCUCCCAUUUUUUCCUACUAGUGUAACAGGUAGAUGAGUAGGAAGGUUAGGACUCCUGAGUUGCCCGUGAUUUCAUCUAAUUUUUGGAUUCAGAAUAUAUUUUAUGAAUAAUAUGCAGAGACACAUAUUAGGAAUGUGAAGCCAGAAUGGGUCCAUUGUAGCUGAUGCAAAGGGCUGUAGCUGAUGGUCAUUUAAUUGCCUGGGGAUUAUUUUAUCUUUCAUGAUUGUGGUGCACCUGAUGCUGGCAAGGCAUUUGUGUGUUUUUGUAUUGUUAUUUGAUUACAAAAAUAAAGCAAAAACUAGCAAAGUUUUGAAGAAGAA